AUGAAUGUGUUUGAUGCCCAGGUACCUUUUCUCCUAAUUGUAGAUGGUCAUCCAUCCAGGCUCUCUUUCUUGGCCGUUCGCCUCUUGAGCGCCUUCAAUAUCGAGCUUCUUGUUCUCCCAGGCCAUACAUCUCAUAUCUUACAACCUCUUGAUGUUGGGAUUUUUUCUCCCUUGAAGGCCCAAUUCAAGAAGUUGUUUGAUAUGGCGACUAUCCGGUACGAUCAGCAAGGGCAUAUGGUGAUCAAUUAUGUAUGGAACGCCAGAGAACUGCGCUAUAUCAUGGUUCGCAGCUUCCUUGAUGCAUGUAGUGUGUCUUGCACAGCUACAAACAUCGAAAAUGCUUUUAAAGCAACAGGAAUCUAUCCAUUGGAUAUGAACAAACCUCUUGCUUCCAGAUACAUUGUAGCAAAUGGAGUUCCUCCUGCAAGGCCCAAUUUUGUCAACGACAAAGUCCUUACAGAUCCAAAUGUGAUGAUGCAAGUCUUCCAAAUGGAAUAUGGACGCCCCAUGCAGCAACAGGAUUGGUAUUUCAAUCUGUUUGUGGCUAUGCAAUCUGUUUUGGCCUGGAAUGGAGCAUAUGGCCAGGUUCUUAGUCGUGAGUUACAUCUCCUUUAUCCUACUGCAGGUGGAUUUCAAAAAAUCCAAUUAAAAUGA